AUGAAAUCAACUAGGGUCUGGGCUUUGAUGGCUACUCGAGUGGCCAUCAUUGGUGGCGGCAUCAGUGGGCUGGCCGCCGCCAAGGAGCUCCGGCACCUGGAGCCGGUGGUUUUCGAAGCCACCGACUCCAUCGGAGGCGUUUGGAAGCACUGCUGCUUCCGGUCGACCCGGCUUCAGACGCCGCGGCCAAACUUCGAGUUCACCGACUUCCAGUGGGAGGACCGGACCGACCCCAGCUUCCCCACGCACACCGAGAUUCUGGACUACCUCCACGGCUACGCCACCCGCUUCGGCCUGUGGAGACUCAUCAGGUUGCAGACCAAGGUGGUGGAGGUCCGCUUUGUCGGCGGAGGCUCCGAGGCCGGCCAGUUCACCGAGCUGUGGGGGGAGAAAGGGCGGGCCAUCGCCGACCGGCCUGUGUGGGAGGUCGGAGUCGUCACCGGAGACUCCGACUCUGUUCAGUGGUUUGAGUUCGAGUUCGUAGUGAUGUGCAUCGGCAAGUACGGCGAUGUGGCAAACCUGCCGAAGUUUCCUCACGGGAAGGGCCCGGAGGUCUUCCGAGGCAAGGUCCUGCACACCAUGGAUUACUGCAAGCUCGACGAGGAAGCCGCAAGAGAACUGAUGAAGGGGAAAAAGGUGGUGAUCGUCGGCUUCAAGAAAUCCGCCAUCGACAUGGCCGUGGAAUGCGCUGAAGUAAACCAAGGGGAAGAUGGUCAGCCGUGCACGAUGGUGAUAAGGACCCUCCAUUGGGGUGUGCCGUCCUACUACAUUUGGGGUUUGCCUUUCUUCCUCUUCUUCUCCACAAGGUUCUCUCAGUUCCUCCAUGAAAGGCCAAAUCAAGGACUCCUGAAAUCUCUUGCCUGCCGCCUGUUAUCCCCACUGAGGACGGGAGUGUCCAAGUUUAUUGAGUCUUACCUUGUAUGGAAACUUCCCCUGGAUAAAUACGGGCUGAGACCAGAGCAUCCUUUCGUGGAGGAUUAUGCUUCGUGUCAGAUGGCGACCUUGCCGGAGAACUUCUUCUCGGAGGCGGAUCAGGGACGGAUCCGGUUCGAGAAGUCAAACCAGUGGUGUUUCUGGGAAGGCGGCGUCAUCUUGGAUGACGACACAAAGUUGGAGGCGGAUGUUGUGCUGCUGGCCACCGGCUACGACGGCAAGAAGAAGCUGACCUCUGUGCUCCCCGACCAUUACGGUGGACUGAUCGUCGACUCCUCCGGCGUCAUGCCACUUUACCGGGGAACGAUCCAUCCUCUGAUCCCGCACAUGGCCUUCGUGGGCUACAUCGAGAGCGUGGCGAACCUGCACACGUCGGAGCUGCGGUGCAAGUGGCUGGGGAGCCUUCUCCGGGGAAAGUUCGAACUUCCGACCGUGGAGGAGAUGUUCCGUCGGACGCGGGAGGAGGUGGAGGUGAUGAAGAGGACGACGCGAUUCUACCGCCGGCACUGCAUCUCCACCUUCAGCAUUGGGCACAGCGACGGGCUGUGCCAAGACAUGGGCUGGCGCUCGUGGAGGAAGACAAAUUGGUUCGCCGAAGCCUUCGCCGGAUACGGCAACCAGGACUACAUAGCGAAGGAGGAGGAAGAAAAAGAAGACGACUCCUACAAGAAUGAAUAAGAUUGAAGACGAAGAAAUAAGCAUAUAAAUAAGGUUUAUACUAGCUAAUUAUAAAAUUACUAGUGUUCAUUAUUUCAAGAGUUGAAAGAAGUUAUUUAAGAUAUGUAAUAACCAUUUAUUUGUUGUAAUAUUUGUUCUAAGACCUCAAU